CGACCGGUAACACUAGUUUGUUUGUUUUCUUUUUCCGUCCGUCUGAAGUCUGAAAGCUCGAUUGGGUCGAGCAAAUUAGAUGCGAAAAGCAUUUCAAGAUUCCUUAAAUUAGUUUAUGAGAUAACGAUGACACUACGCAAUGUUAUAAAUAGUAUUAUUCAUAGUAAAAAUAACUAUUGCUGUUUAUGUUUGCAAAGUAUUGAACCUCCUGCAAUAUUACUCCAAGAUGAAAUAUUUUUUGAAAAUUCUGCACAUUCUGAAGAAAUUAUCGAUAUGUUGGCUUUUCUAUUAGACGCCGACAGUUUAGAUACAUUAUCAAGAUACAGUGCCGUAUGUGAGAAAUGUAAAGAUUGUCUUACAAAAAGCUACACGUUCAUCAAAAUGUGCAAAGAGAGUUGUGAACAGAUACGAAAGACUGUAGAUACUUUAGAAAAUUUAAGCAUACCACAUAUAAAUUGUUGCAAAUCUAUAUUUGUGUGUUUGAAUACAAAAGAUUUUAUAAAAGAAAUAUAUUAUGAUGAGAAGAAACCUCCAAUGUCACAAAAUUCAGCUCUGAAAAGGCUCAAUAUGCUAGGACUAAAACAAGAAAAUCAAUCUUUUGAAUUUGAUACAGCCGUAUCAUGUUUUUCACCAAAUGUAAAGUCUGAAGAUGAUAAUAUUGAAAAUGAAUAUCAUCAAUUAGAUAUAAAGAAAAAAGAUAAAAUGAAAAGGCCAAAAGCCCCCACUACAUUAAUACCAACAAGUCAUAUGAUGUUAGAAAAAGACAGUUUGAAAUGCAAAUUUUGUUUAAAACUGUAUGCUUCUCCACAAAAUUUAAGGCAGCAUUAUUUUAAAGUUCAUGCUCCUAAAAAUUUCAAAUGUAAUGUUUGCUCCAGGACUUAUGGAACAGAAACAUUGCUGGAACAGCAUAAAGAUGAAAGUCACUCUCCCACUAUGUGCAGUAAGUGUGGCAAAAUAUACCAGAACAGACAUUCACUGAGAAUCCACGAGUUUGGACACAUGGGUAAACUAGUCUGCCCUGACUGUGGUAGAAGUUAUAAAAACCGUAGGACAUUUAAUAAACAUUUAGUUCUCAAAAUAUGUCAACAGAAAAAGAGAAAGUCCAGUCUGGAGGCUAAAUAUAUCUGUGACUAUUGCAACAAGAAAUUUUGCCAUAAACCAACAUUAAGGGUUCACAUAAAAUUUGAACAUGGGGAAGGUAAAGCUCAUGUUUGUCCUUGGUGUUCUAAAAAGUUUCAUGCUCCAAGUCAGUUAAAAUCUCAUGUAGUGAAGCACACACAGGAAAAGAAGUUUCCUUGUGAUACAUGCGGAGGGAAAUUUGUUACGAAAGCAUCUCUGAUGUAUCAUGUCCGAAUUCACACAGGUGAGAAACCAUACAAGUGCCAUCUUUGUGAGCAAAGAUUCUUAUCAACUUCACGCAGAGCAGAUCAUGUAAGAAGACAUCACAUGGGUCCAUCACUGGAGUGUGAGAUAUGCCAUAGGAAAUUUGAAAACCAUUCAUGCUUAUCAAGGCACAAAAAAAGACACUUUAAUCCUAAAAGUAGGUUGCAUUGUUUCGAGAAUGCUGUUGAAUGUUGAAAUAAUUAUUUGAUAUGAUAGCGAAUGUAGGCUAUAGAUAGAUACAUGUUUUUAAAUUAUUCUUAUUAAAAUUUUUUUU